UCCUUUCCACUUCCUGCAAGAAAAUAAACAGGCAUUGAAAAUGGCCAAGAGAACCAAGAAGGUUGGAAUUUGCGGGAAGUAUGGUACACGUUAUGGUGCCUCACUGAGGAAGACCGUCAAAAAGAUGGAAAUCUCUCAGCAUUGCAAAUACACAUGCCAAUUCUGCGGCAAGGAAUCCAUGAAGAGGAAGGCUGUUGGUAUCUGGUCAUGCAGACGUUGCAGGAAGACAGUUGCUGGUGGUGCCUGGGUAUACAGUACCAAUGCUGCUGCUACCGUCAGGAGUGCUGUCCGUCGUCUUAGAGAAAUGAAGGAACUUUAAAUGCCCGUCAAAUAAAGAAACAACAAAACAAAA